AUGGGCAAGUCUUACUUAAUGGGAUGUCUCAUCUUACUCUGCCGUCUGAGGGUUUUCUCUGCGUCAUUCGCACGUGAGGUUGACACAUCUGAUAAAGUAGUCGUUGGUGAAAAUAACGGUGAGUACCAAGCAACCCUAGCCGGACCAUCUUGGCGCUAUGCUUCUCUUUUCAUUCUGCUUCCCCGUUCCAUCCCUGCCACCUUCCAAGCUGGAGCUUCUGAGGCCGUGAACUCAGGUCACCCUUCUGGUUUCACCGAUUCUCAUGGCGGCACAUGUCCAUGCUUUGGUGGGGUUUGGGGCCAGGGACAUGCCGGCAAUGCCUUCCAGCCCUAAGCAUGCUUCAAACCGGAAGGGGGAGAUGGGCUCUUUCCUAGUAGAAUCAUCUCUCAUGUCUCUCUUCGAGUCGUGGAGAUUGUGCAGUGUAGAAUGUGCCACCUCCAGUUCCCCGGGGAAAAGUGCUCUAGAGGAAGAGGAAUAUGUACGGCCACAGCAGAAGAGGCCUGCAUGUUUGGAAAGAUCUUCAAAAGGGACGGUACCCUCUGGUUAAACUUCAUGGGCUGCUUAAAGAACUGUGCUAAUGUGAAUAAAAUAAGGUGGGGCCGCUAUCUGGUGGACUUCAGGUGCUGCCGGGGCUAUGACAUGUGCAAUGAGAGGUUUUAGAAGCUUCUGGGCUCCAACAUCGGGAUGAUGGGAUGGCUUCUCCACAAGGACAUCCUGAGGACCACACUACAUAGAAGGACUUCAGACAUAUGACUCUGCCUUCUAAGUGUAAGAGGAAAAGCACCUUUUUUCUAAAGCCCCUUCCUGUUCCAAAAUCAAUAAAAAGUGAACAAAUAAAACCUGUUUAUCAACA